AUGGCAACGUUGACUUACAUUUUACUAUUAGGACUUCAACAACUCGUUCUGGGUUUUGAGUGUAAAAGAGACGUUCUACAAGAGUUGACGAUCGAAAAACAAUUACUACACGAUCUACUCAAAUGUGGCUAUGCAAACUACGACCCACCAAAAGGGCCCAAUUCCGAAAAAACUGUAGUAACAGUCAAGUUUAUUAUGAAAUACUUCAACUUAGAUAGCACUGAAGAAGUGUUAAAUUUGUAUGCUUGGAGGCUUAUGUCUUGGAACGACGAUAGAUUAAAAUGGGAUCCUGCUAGCUACGGUGACUUGGAAGAAAUUGAAUUAAAAAGCGGUGAUAUUUGGACACCAACAUUUAGGAUAAUUAACAGUGCGGACGCAGAUGACAUAGAAAAAUUUUACGUCCUUAGUUGCACUUUGAAACACACGGGAGCGGUAUCAUGCGUGCCGAGGUCAUCGCACUUGUUAUAUUGCGACAUCAAGCUAUCUGAUUUUCCGUACGACGCCCAAACAUGCAAUUUUGUAUAUGGUGUUUUGGAUCCUAAUGACAGUUACAACGUAAGCUUCCCCCCUCGAGCCAUGGGAAUGUUAGGAGCAGAAUACGGCUCUAGUUGGUUUAUAUCCGAUUAUAAACAAGAGGUCCAGAAAGUUCCUGACACCCGGCUAAAUAUAACAUUGCUAAUGUUACUGACAAUGAUAACCAGCAUCAAUCACUUCAGUCUGACAGAAACUAUGGCAAUGUUAACUUACUUUUUACUAUUGGUGCUUCAACAACUCGUUCUGGCACUUAAGUGUGAAAAAGAUGUUAUACAAGAGCUGACCAUCGAAAAAAAGUUACGAGACGAUCUACUCAAAUGUGGUUAUGCAAACUACGACCCACCAAAAGGGCCCAAUUCCGAAAAAACUGUAGUAACAGUCAAGUUUAUUAUGAAAUACUUCAACUUAGAUAGCACUGAAGAAGUGUUAAAUUUGUAUGCUUGGAGGCUUAUGUCUUGGAACGACGAUCGAUUAAAAUGGGAUCCUGCUAGAUACGGUGACUUGGAAGAAAUUGAAUUAAAAAGCGGUGAUAUUUGGACACCAACAUUUAGGAUAAUUAACAGUGCGGACGCAGAUGACAUAGACAAAUUUUACUUCCUUAGUUGCACUUUGAAACACACGGGAGCGGUAUCAUGCGUGCCGAGGUCAUCGCACUUGUUAUAUUGCGACAUCAAGCUAUCUGAUUUUCCGUACGACGCCCAAACAUGCAAUUUUGUAUAUGGUGUUUUGGAUCCUAAUGGCAGUUACAACGUAAGCUUCCCCCCUCGAGCCAUGAGAAUGUUAGGAGCAGAAUACGGCUCUAGUUGGUUUAUAUCCGAUUAUAAACAAGAGGUCCAGCAAGUUCCUGACACCCGGCUAAAUAUAACAUUGGUGAUAGAGCGUGAAGCAGAAAGUUUGGCUGCCAUUAUUGUGUAUCCCGCUCUGAUUGUUUCUAGUCUAAGUAUUGCUUGUUUAUUCUUAGAUGCUAGGUUAAACGAGCGUCUAAUGUUUACCUGUUUCAGUAUCUUUAGCAAUUGUUAUUGGCUGAGAGAGCUUGUUGCAAAUUUGCCAAAACUACGUGAGGAUCCACCUAGAAUUUUAUUGUAUUACCGUGCUUCUUUGGUUAUAACUGUGUUUAUUCUUAUACUUACGCUUAUUUUGUCUGUGAUGUGUAGAAAGGAGACACCUCCUCAUAAUAUUGUUAUUCUCAUUAAUAAGUUUGUGUACGGGAGCUAUGUGAGGUUUCUAGUUUACCCUCGUUGGGAGUUCCCUGAUGAUGGUAAAUUCAAUGAGGAUUGGACUAAAUUUGCCAACAGUAUCAAUAGUUUGUGUAUUAAAGUUAUUGUUUUUUCGUACAUCGGCUUAUACGUAGCAUUUGUACCACAACCGAUUCCUUUUAACUAA